CGGUGGCGCAGGCGCAAUAGCUGGGCUGCGCCUCCGGACAGCUGGGCGCUCGCUGGCGCGGCUCUGCGCGAUGGCUGCGGCGCGGGAGGCCGGCAAGAGGCUCGCCAUCGAAGGAAACAUUGCGGUGGGGAAGUCAACGUUUGUGAGAGUGCUCAGAAAAGCCUUUCCAGAAUGGUCCAUGACCUUGGAGCCAGUGUCCAAGUGGCAGAAAGUUCAAGCUGCUGGUCCCCACCAGGCCUCUCCAUCUCAGAGCUUUGCGAACCUGCUUCAAAUGAUGUAUCAGGAGCCUUCGCGAUGGUCCUACACAUUCCAGACUUACUCAUGCCUGAGUCGGCUGAAGGCGCAGCUGGAGCCUCUGUCUGUGAAGCCCCUGAAGAUGUGGGACCACGUGCGGGUUUUUGAGAGAUCUAUAUAUAGUGAUAGGUACGUCUUUGCCAAAAACCUGUUUGAGAUUGGCCACCUGGCUGAGAUUGAGUGGGCAAUUUACCAGGACUGGCACACUUUUCUCCAACAAGCAUUCGGGGACCAGCUUGACAUCCAUGGCUUCCUUUAUCUACGGGCACCUCCUGAGAUCUGCAUGGAAAGAUUGCGCCAAAGAGGGAGGCCUGAAGAGAAGGGGGUCCAGCUGCGCUACCUGGAGCAGCUUCACACUCAGCACGAACAUUGGCUCAUGGAGAAGAGCACAGAGAUUCAUUCUGAAAACAUAAGAAAUGCUCCAGUCUUGCUGCUUGAUGUCACAAAGGAUUUUGAGGAUGACACAAAUGAACAAGGGAGGCUUAUGUCCCAGGUGAAGACUUUUAUAAAGACUCUCUCAGGGGAGGCUGUCCCUUCUGCGUCUACCACUGCCUCCUAGCCCAGGAUCUCACAGCAGGCUCCUCUGAGUGGAUGGCCACCAAGAGAAAGCAGUCCUUUUUUUU